AGAUGGCGAGGAAAUUUGGUAGUUGCGAAAGUUUAUAUUUGAGGGCGGGAUAUAGGAACGGGAGUUGAUGCUCUUGGCUAGUGUUAAAUUUUUAUUUUAUAAUAGUUGUAUUCCACUGCUACAUUCUUACAUUGCAUUCAAUCUCUACACAGAUACAAACACAAACUUAUUUGACCUCGAUCCAUUCAUACCCACGCAUAACUAUUCACCAAUCAUAAACAUGACGAUGCUAAAUGACCCUCCAUCUGCAGCAACCUUGCCCCUUCGCGAUCCCAGCGCCCCUUCCGCUUUGAAAAAUAUCCCAUCAACCACCUCCUCUAAUCCAAACACGUGCAAUCUCGGCUCCAAAUGGCCCACAGCCUUGGACCUGGCAGGCUCCAACCUUCCCUGCCGUCUCGAAGGUGAAGUCGCCGACCUAGUCGUCGUCGGCACCAUUCCCCCACAAAUCCACGGAACGUUUUACCGCGUAAUGAGCGACCCGUUCGUCCCUCCCCACCCACAGAAUGUACCCGUCGACGGCGACGGCAAUAUAUCGGCCUUUCGCUUCCACGAUGGAAUUGUCGAUAUGAAAAUGCGAUACAUAGAGACAGAGCGAUACAAACUCGAACGACGUGCCAACAAGGCAUUAUUCGGGUUAUAUCGGAAUCCAUAUACACAUCAUCCAUGUGUGCGGGCCGCGGUGGACAGUACCGCGAAUACAAAUUUAGUCAUGUGGGCUGACAAGUUGUUGGCAUUGAAGGAAGUGGCUUUGCCUUAUGAAGUUGACGGGGACACGUUGGAGACGGUGGGAUAUGAUCCUUUUGCUUCUGAGGGCAUUAAGUCGAAGACUUUCACUGCGCAUCCGAAGGUUGAUCCGUUUACAGAUGAACUUGUGGUUUUCGGGUAUGAAGCAAAAGGAUUGGCGACCCUGGAUGUGGUUACCUAUACGCUUGACGCGCGAGGGAAAAAGGUGGAGGAAUUGUGGGUGAAGAGCCCGUGGUGUGCUUUCAUACACGACUGUGCUAUUACGGAGAAUUGGUUGAUACUUGUAUGUUGGUGUUUCGAAGCGGAUGUUGAGAGGAUGAAAAAAGGGGGCCAGCAUUGGGCUUGGGAUUAUGAAAGACCGGCAACAUUUAUUGUGGUUCCGAGGAGGAAAUUGACGCCGUUGCCGGAUGGGUGGAAGCAGGGUGAGAGCAGGUUUUAUGAGUGGAAAAAUUGUAUGCCAGUCCAUACAGCAGGGGCUUGGGAAGGAGAGGAUGGGAAAUUAUACAUGGAAAGUUCGAGGGUGCAUGAUAAUGCAUUUCCAUUCUUUCCACCGGAUGAUGGACGUCUGCCGAGUCCAGAUACAAAGGGAGAUUUUGCACGUUGGGAGUUCGAUUUGAGUCAACCGAGUGGGAGUAAGAUACCAGAUCCUGUGAUCGUUUUAGAUGUCCCAUGCGAAUUCCCGAGAAUCGACGAAAGAUUCAUGACAAAGAAGUAUAAUUGGGUAUUCUUGGAUGUUUUUAUUCCCAAUCAAAGUGAUGGGAGGAGUAACAUAUACCAAGGGCUCAAUGGUCUUGCGAUGCAUAAUAAUACGACGAACGAAACGAGAUAUUUUUACGCAGGAGACGACUCGCAUGUUCAAGAACCAAUCUUUAUUCCUCGGUCAAAAGAUGCUGAAGAAGGAGAUGGUUGGGUGAUGGCGAUGGUCGAAAGAAGGAUUGCUAAUCGAUGCGAUUUGGUCGUGAUUGACACGAGAGAUUUUGAGAAGGCAAUUGCUAUUGUUCAAUUGCCAUUCCAUGUCAAAGCUCAAAUACAUGGUAAUUGGGUUGAGGCCACUGAGACUAGAGGGACAAGAAGUCUUGUUCGAGAGAUAGAUGAACUUGAGGUCAGUGGAAAAGGGGCAUUAGAACCUAUAGUUUAAGCUUCGUGGUUCCGCCGCUUUUUAAUCCCUCAUCUAGAUAAUCCUAUAGGACAACUUUCUACCGUCUAUCGACGUAGCUUGCUAAAGUUUCUACUAUAAUGAUAAAUCACUCCUAUUGCUCGGAUCCUAGGAUUGGUUGUGACCAGGCCCAAGGGAUAGCACCACUAAUCAGGAGAUGCUAGCCCCUUGGAACUUCUCUACUAGAGCGUAAAUUGCUAACAAAGAACCUUCAUCCGGCUG